AUGAAGUCGAUCGUGGCUUUGAGCCUAACUAUGUCUUUAUGGCCUAUGGCCAUAUUUGCUGACCCAAGUUUCUUCUUCUUCACAAACCAAUCUGGCACAGUCUUCGAUGGCAUCUCGUCCGGAUGCAACUUGGCACUAUCAGCCCCUGUUCCGGAAUGCCCCCGAGAACUCUUGAACCUCCUCGGAGGUGGUAGCUACCACACGGUACUCAAUGAGACUGUCAUGGGCGUUCUUUGCAGAUCUGAGUGUUCUCCAGCAUUGGCCACUUACAGGAGCAACGUCGUUUCUCAGUGCGCCAAAGAUCCUCAACCUAGGAGUGGCUAUCCGCCGACCUACUGGGUUGAUUCUGUCACUGCUGUCAGAACGCAGAUGUGUCUGAAAGACUCUAAGACCGGAGAGUACUGCACUCAAUACCUCGAGCGAGUACUCGGCGAUGCCGCAAGCCCAGCGGACCUGCUCGGCGGGUACUCCACUGCUCAACUCUGCUCCGAGUGUCUGGUCAACCUAUUCCGCCAUCAACAAUCGACCCCGUACUCAAACUAUGACCCCGAAAUGGCUCAAGCGUGGGCCGCCAUUCAGUCAAAGUGCAGUCUCAGUCUUCCAACAGCAACUCAAACGUUGAAGACAAAUGUCACGUCGCUUGGCAACUAUGCUCCGCCUGGUUAUGCCACUGCAGUCUGCGUUGCAGGCCGCACGUACACGGUGGCUGCUGGUGACAACUGCAUAGAUAUCUCAAAGAAGAGCGCCGUUUCGACGGGCUCGUUGAUUACGCUAAACAGCCUGCGGAUGGACUGCACGAACAUCUUUGCCGGUCAAAUUCUCUGCCUUCCACCUACUUGUACUAGCUAUGUGGUCCAAGGCGGCGACAACUGUUUGAAGGUCGCCUCGCAGUUCAACACUACCUACCAGCAAGUAAUCGCUUGGAAUCCAACCGUCGAUAGCUACUGCACCAACUUGAUCGCAGGCCAAAAUAUCUGCGUUGGGCCUCCUGGUGGUGUUCUCAACUUCACGACGAUCCCAGGUGCGACCGUAACUAAGACUGCGAUCUACGCAACCGCUACGGCUGAUAGACCAGCGCCUGUCGCGAGCGGAACCACGACCAAGUGCGGCAAGUACUACAAGGUCCAACUGGGCGACUACUGUGAGCUUGUGGCUUUGAACCAGACAGUUUCGCUGGAUCUAUUCCGCGCGAUAAAUCCCCAGAUCAACAGUGGGUGCACUAAUUUACAGGCCAAUGUGUUCUAUUGCGUACUGCCCACCCAAGACUGGAACACCACAGCGACUUCAACAACCGUGCCGGCUCCAACAACCACACCUCCCGGAACCACGGACAAGUGCUAUCAGUGGUAUGUGAUCCAGUCCGGAGACUAUUGCGCCAAAGUCCAGGACAAAUUUGCGAUUUCUUUCGAACAAUUUCGUGCAUGGAACCCUGCAAUCGCAAAUGACUGCUCCAAUCUGCAGCUGGGGGUGGCCUACUGUGUCCAGGGUGCUGCUUCGCUCACAGCACGAGCGACGACAAAUGCCGGCAGCCAGUCCGACCCUGACCAGGUCGCUCAUUAUCGGAGGAAUGGAGUCGGACCCAUUGAGACGGGAGUGCCUGAAUCUGAGGCGGGAGGCGUUGCUAUCGGAUGA